CGGGGGCCGGGCCCCCUCUCCGUCCGUGCCCCGCGGGCCACCAUGUCCUUCCCUCAGCUCGGAUACCAGUAUAUUCGCCCGCUCUACCCACCCGAGCGCCCGGGGGCGGCUGGCGGCGGCGGCGGCAGUGCAGGGUCCCGCGGAGGCCCGGGGGCCGGAGCCUCGGAGCUGGCCGCCUCGGGUUCCCUGUCCAAUGUGCUCUCGUCCGUGUACGGGGCGCCCUACGCCGCGGCCGCUGCGGCCGCCGCCGCCGCCCAGGGUUACGGAGCCUUUCUGCCCUACGCCGCGGAGCUCCCCAUCUUCCCGCAGCUGGGCGCGCAGUAUGAGCUAAAGGACAGUCCCGGGGUGCAGCACCCAGCCGCGGCCGCCGCGUUUCCGCACCCGCAUCCCGCCUUCUACCCCUAUGGCCAGUACCAAUUCGGGGACCCGUCGCGUCCCAAGAACGCCACGCGCGAGAGCACCAGCACGCUCAAGGCCUGGCUCAACGAACACCGCAAGAACCCCUACCCCACCAAGGGCGAGAAGAUCAUGCUGGCCAUCAUCACCAAGAUGACCCUCACCCAGGUGUCCACCUGGUUCGCCAACGCGCGCCGGCGCCUCAAGAAGGAGAACAAGAUGACGUGGGCGCCCCGCAGCCGCACGGACGAGGAGGGCAACGCGUACGGGAGCGAGCGCGAGGAAGAGGACGAGGAAGAGGACGAGGAAGAUGGCAAGCGCGAACUGGAGCUGGAAGAGGAGGAGCUCGGCGGCGAGGAGGACGACACCGGGGGUGAAGGCUUGGCCGACGAGGACGAGGACGAGGAGAUCGAUCUGGAGAACUUAGACGGCGCGGCCGCCGGACCCGAGCUGGCCCUGUCCGGGGCGGCGCAUCGGAAUGGGGGCGAGCUGGGCCUGGGGCCCAUUUCCGACUCCAAGAACAGCGACUCGGACGAUAGCUCGGAGGGCCUGGAGGAGCGCCCGCUGCCCAUCCUGAGCCUGGCACCCAGGCCCCCCGCGGUGGCCACAGCCCCUCCGUCUCCGCCCUCGCCCCCCGUGGGCCUGGACCCUUGCGCGCCCGCCCCGGCGCCCGCCUCGGCCGCCCUGCAGAAGCCCAAGAUCUGGUCGCUGGCCGAGACGGCUACCAGCCCGGACAACCCGCGCCGCUCGCCUCCGGGCACGGGGGGCUCUCCCACCGGCGCCUCCGUCGCGCCCUCCAGCCUGCAGCUCUCGCCGGCCGCUGCCGCCGCCGCGGCGCACAGACUGGUCUCGGCGCCGCUGGGCAAGUUCCCGGCUUGGACCAACCGGCCGUUCCCGGGUCCACCACCCGGCCCCCGCCCGCACCCGCUUUCCCUGCUCGGCUCGGCCCCGCCACACCUGCUGGGACUUCCCGGAGCCGCAGGCCACCCGGCCGCCGCCGCUGCAGCCGCGGCCACCUUUGCCAGGCCUGCGGAGCCCGAGGGCGGAACAGAUCGCUGUAGUGCCUUGGAAGUGGAGAAAAAGUUACUCAAGACAGCUUUCCAACCUGUGCCGCGGCGGCCCCAGAACCACCUGGAUGCCGCUUUGGUCUUGUCUGCUCUCUCCUCGUCCUAGUUCUUUUUAAUUUUUUAAAAAUCGUUGUAAUAAUUGUAAAAAAGAAAAAAAAAAACGGAGAUGAAGAAGUGCUCUGUAUAGUUAAGACUUGUAAGCAUGUCUGUGUAUGAAUACCUAUCAAAGAAAACCAAACAAAAAUAGUAAAAGAAAAAAAAAAGAAAUAAAACGAGUUCCUCCUCAGCCCUCCCCAGUGACUUCUGUCCCCCCACAUUAGCUGAGUUUGUGAGUUUGAUUUUGGGGUGGGGAUGAAGUUUCAGUGAGAAUAAGAGUGUCUGACUUUUUCUUUUUGUAUAUACAGAAAAAUGUACAUAUGUGUGAACCAAAUUGUACAAGAAAGUUAUCUAUUUUUGGCUAAAUAAAUGAGCUGUUGCCACUUUGACUAUAA